AUAGGGAGAGACAGAGAUAGAAAGGGAGGGAGGGGGGAGACAGAGCCAGAGAGAGAUUGAGACGGACGGCGGGCGAUCGGGAGGAGGCCGAGAGGCUGCAGGGGGGCCGCAGGAACCGCGCAGAAACGGUCGGAGAAGAGCGGCCUCUCUCCCUUUCGGAAUUUCGCCGCCGGCGGAGAGAGAGAGGCCUGAAGGAAGCCGGGGAGAGGUCGCGGCCCGCCUGGCCAGAGGAGGAGCCCGAGCCCGAGCGGGAGCUGGGUGGCCUUGGCCUCGGACAGGCCUCAGCCCGCUGCGCCCCCUCCCCACCCCGGCCUUCCCUGCCCCGCCCCCGCCUCGCCCCCUCCUCUCCGCCCCGCCCCCUCCCACGGCUCCGCUCGCUCCCUCCCUUCCCCGGGUGCAACAUGGCUGCGGCCGCCUCUGCCUCUCAGGACGAGCUCAAAUAGAUUCUUUAUACAAUUGCAUAUGUACGUGUGGAUGAACAAAUGCCAUUGGUGGUCCAGAGGAUUUUUGUCAAGGCUGGAUAAACCAUGUCUCGCAUUGACUGUAGAGAUCAACUUGAGCGAGUCUUCUUACGACUUGGUCAUGCUGAAACAGAUGAGCAGUUACAGAAUAUUAUCUCUAAAUUCCUUCCUCCUGUUUUGCUCAAACUGUCUAGCACACAAGAAGGAGUACGCAAAAAAGUCAUGGAGUUAUUGGUCCACUUGAAUAAGCGUAUAAAGAGCCGUCCAAAAAUACAGCUUCCAGUGGAGACUUUAUUGGUUCAGUACCAGGAUCCUGCUGCAGUUUCCUUUGUCACAAAUUUUACUAUAAUUUAUGUUAAGAUGGGCUAUCCUCGCUUACCAGUGGAAAAACAGUGUGAACUUGCUCCUACACUUCUUACUGCAAUGGAAGGGAAGCCUCAGCCUCAGCAGGAUAGCUUGAUGCAUCUUCUGAUACCAACCCUUUUUCACAUGAAAUACCCUGUUGAACCAUCUAAAGCAGCUUCUCCAUUUAAUCUUGCCGAGAAACCAAAGACUGUACAGCUGCUUUUGGACUUCAUGCUGGAUGUCCUCUUGAUGCCUUAUGGAUAUGUACUGAAUGAAUCCCAGAGUAGGCAGAAUGUGCCCUCUGCACAGGGCUCCUCUUCCAGUGGUUCUGGAGGUUCCGGGAUUCCACAGCCACCUCCAGGGAUGAGCUUUUAUGCAGCAAAACGAGUCAUUGGGGACAGUCCAUGGACACCUGAACAGUUAGAGCAGUGCAAACUGGGUAUCGUGAAAUUUAUAGAGGCUGAACAGGUGCCAGAACUCGAAGCUGUUAUACACCUAGUGAUUGCCUCUAGUGAUACACGCCACAGUGUAGCCACUGCAGCUGACUUAGAAUUGAAGAGCAAGCAAAGCUUAAUUGACUGGAAUAACCCUGCAAUCAUUAACAAGAUGUAUAAAGUGUACCUUGGGGAUAUACCACUGAAAACAAAAGAGGGGGCUGUUCUGAAACCAGAACUGAAAAGAGAUCCUGUCAGCACACGUGUUAAGUUAAAGAUUGUUCCUCAUCUUUUGCGAUCCAAACAAGCUGCUGAAACUUUUCCAGCUAACAUUCAGGUGGUGUAUGAUGGACUGUUUGGUGCAAAUACAAAUGCGAAAUUAAGAACAUUAUCCUUGCAAUUUGUUCACCAUAUUUGUAUAAUAUGUCCAGAAAUCAAGAUUAAGCCAUUAGGUCCUAUGCUUUUAAAUGGCCUCACUAAACUAAUCAAUGAAUAUAAAGAGGAUCCUAAACUACUGUCAAUGGCAUAUUCAGCUGUUGGAAAACUUUCCAGUCGAAUGCCUCAUUUGUUUACUAAGGACAUUGCUCUUGUACAGCAGUUUUUUGAAGCAUUAUGUAAGGAAGAGCCUGAUACUAGGCUUGCCAUUCAAGAGGCUUUAUCUAUGAUGGUUGGAGCUUAUAGUACUUUGGAAGGAGCCCAGCGUACUCUUAUGGAGGCAUUGGUAGCUUCAUACUUAAUAAAGCCUGAAGUCCAAGUUCGCCAAGUGGCUGUGAAAUUUGCCAGCACGGUGUUUCCCCCAGAUCAUAUACCUUCCAGAUAUUUACUUUUACUAGCUGCAGGAGAUCCACGAGAAGAAGUUCAUGGAGAAGCACAGCGUGUGCUAAGAACUCUACCGGGUAAAAAUGAAAAAGAAAGUACUUCCAAGCAGAUGCCUUCCUUCCCAGAAAUGGUACAUUAUAUUCAAGAGAAGGCCUCGCAUCGAAUGAAAACUCCAGCCAAAUAUAUGACAGGAACUGCCGUUCUUCCUUUUAAUCCAGCUACAUUUGGAGAGAUAGUCCUGUAUUUGCGAAUGUGUCUUGCUCACAGUGCAGGUGUGGUUCCCACCUCACAGAGCUUGGCGGAUAUGCAAGACCAUGCCCCAGCAAUUGGUCGUUACAUACGAAAUCUUAUGUCUGGCAACCACAUAACAUCAUCUUCCUCCAAGGGUGGGGAAAAUAACCCGGUACAGAUUUAUAUUGGCCUCCUUCAGCAGCUGUUAGCAGGUGUUGGAGGAUUGCCUGUCAUGUAUUGUCUUUUGGAAGCUGUUUCUGUCUACCCAGAAAAAUUGGCAACCAAAUUUGUAGACAAAACAGACUGGAUAAAGAGUCUUAUGAAUACUAAUAAGGAAGAGAUGCGGGAAUUAGUGGCAUUAUUUUAUUCAGUGGUGGUAUCUACAAUGUCAGGAAAUGAAUUGAAGUCAACUAUACAGCACCUUAUGAAGACUACAAAGGACAAUCAUAGCCCAGAGAUACAGCAUGGAUCCUUGCUUGCCUUGGGAUUCACAGUGGGACGUUAUUUGGCUAAAAAGAAAACCAAAGUGGCAGAGCUGCAAGACACAGAGACUAAUACUGCAUUUUUGCCAGAGCAAGAACAGCUCAUUCAGAGUACAACUGAAACAAUAGGUUCAUUUUUGGACAGCACUUCUCCUCUCCUGGCAAUUGCUGCUUGUACAGCCCUGGGUGAAAUUGGUAGAAAUGGCCCUCUCCCCAUUCCCAAUGAGGGUUCUGGCUUUACCAAACUCCAUCUUGUUGAAAGUUUACUCAACAGAAUACCUUCAAGCAAAGAAACAAACAAGAUGAAGGAACGAGCAAUUCAAACCUUGGGCUAUUUUCCAGUUGGGGAUGGAGAUUUUCCUCACCAGAAGCUCAUUUUGCAAGGCCUCAUGGAUUCUGUUGAGGCAAAGCAAAUAGAACUUCAGUUUACUGUUGGUGAAGCUAUUACCAGUGCUGCAAUUGGCACGAGUUCAGUGGCUGCCCGUGAUGCCUGGCUGGUCACUGAAGAAGAGUACGCACCACUUGCUGAGGCCAAAGUGAAUGAUGUAGUUCCGUGGGUGUUGGACAUAAUUUUAAAUAAGCACAUUAUCAGCCCUGUUCCCCAUGUGAGGCAGGCUGCCUGCAUCUGGCUCCUUUCCCUAGUGAAGAAGCUGAAUACCCAUAAAGAAAUCAAGUCUCAUCUCAAGGAGAUUCAAAGUGCUUUUGUUUCAGUUCUGUCAGAUAAUGAUGAACUCAGUCAGGAUGUUGCUUCAAAAGGCCUUGGUUUGGUUUAUGAACUGGGCAGUGAACAAGAUCAACAGGAACUGGUAUCUACACUUGUAGAAACCUUGAUGACUGGAAAAAGAACUAAGCAUGAGGUUUCUGGAGAGACUGUGGUAUUCCAGGGGGUAUCCCUUGGCAAAACACCAGAUGGCCAGGGACUCUCUACCUAUAAAGAACUUUGUUCUCUGGCAAGUGAUCUUAGUCAACCAGAUCUUGUCUAUAAAUUCAUGAAUUUAGCCAACCAUCAUGCCAUGUGGAACUCUAGGAAGGGAGCUGCUUUUGGUUUUAAUGUGAUUGCUACUAAAGCAGGAGAACAGCUGGCUCCUUUCUUGCCUCAAUUGGUUCCUCGUCUUUAUCGCUAUCAGUUUGAUCCAAAUCUUGGAAUACGUCAAGCUAUGACAAGUAUUUGGAAUGCACUGGUCACUGACAAAUCUGUGGUGGAUAAAUAUUUGAAAGAAAUUCUUCAAGAUCUAAUUAAUAGCCUGACCAGCAAUAUGUGGAGAAUUCGAGAAUCCAGCUGUUUAGCUUUGAAUGACUUACUAAGAGGAAGACCUUUGGAUGAUAUCAUUGAUAAACUUCCAGAAAUAUGGGAAACACUCUUUAGAGUACAAGAUGAUAUUAAGGAAUCUGUACGAAAAGCAGCAGAACUAGCUUUGAAAACUUUAAGCAAGGUAUGUGUGAAAAUGUGCGAUCCCUCUAAAGGAACAGCAGGCCAGAGAACCAUUGCUGUCCUUUUGCCCUGCCUUCUUGACAAAGGAAUGAUGAGCACUGUGACUGAAGUUCGAGCCCUCAGCAUUAACACCCUUGUGAAGAUCAGCAAAAGUGCUGGUGCCAUGUUGAAACCACAUGCCCCCAAACUCAUCCCAGCUUUGUUGGAAUCCCUCAGUGUACUGGAGCCACAAGUUCUUAAUUAUCUGAGUCUCCGGGCUACAGACCAGGAAAAGGCUGCAAUGGAUAGUGCUAGACUUAGUGCUGCAAAAUCCUCUCCCAUGAUGGAAACAAUCAACAUGUGCCUGCAAUACCUAGAUGUAUCUGUCUUGGGCGAGCUAGUUCCUAGGUUGUGUGAAUUGAUCAAAAGUGGAGUAGGUCUUGGUACUAAGGGAGGAUGUGCCAAUGUAAUUGUGUCAUUAACCACUCAGUGUCCUCAGGACUUAACACCUUACUCUGGGAAACUGAUGAGUGCAUUGCUCAGUGGCUUGACAGACCGAAACAAUGUGGUACAAAAGUCCUUUGCAUUUGCCAUGGGACAUUUAGUUCGAACUUCACGAGAUAGUAGCACUGAGAAAUUGUUACAGAAGCUGAACAGUUGGUACAUGGAAAAGGAAGAACCAAUAUAUAAGAGCUCAUGUGCUUUGACCAUUCAUGCCAUUGGGCGCUACAGUCCUGACGUGCUCAAGAGCCAUGCCAAGGAAGUGCUGCCACUGGCCUUCUUGGGAAUGCAUGAGGCAACCAGUGAGGAUAAGGGGGAGAAGGAUGAAGCCACUCUAUGGACAGAAGUGUGGCAGGAAAAUGUGCCAGGUUCCUUUGGUGGCAUUCGAUUAUACAUGCAGGAAUUGAUUGUUGUUACUCAGAAAGCUUUGCAGUCUCCAUCUUGGAAGAUGAAAGCCCAGGGUGCAGCUGCCAUGGCAUCUAUUGCAAAGCAAACAAGUUCCCUGGUACCUCCGUAUCUGGGAAUGAUAAUGACUGCUUUAUUGCAGGGGUUGGCUGGAAGAACAUGGGUAGGAAAGGAAGAGCUGUUAAAAGCCAUUGCUAGUGUUGUAAUAGCCUGUAGUGAAGAGCUGGAAAAAUCAGUGCCCAAUCAGCCCAGUAUAAAUGAGAUUGUACAAGCUGUUCUGAAGGAGUGCCGUAAGGAUAACAUCAAAUACAAAAUAGUAGCUGUUAGAUGUAUAGCUGAUAUACUCAGUGCCACUAAAGAAGAUAGAUUCCAGGAGUUGUCUGACAUCGUAGUUCCAAUGAUUAAAAAGAAUUCUCUUGAAAAUGUUGGUGCCCGGACAUCAAAAAAUGAAGAGGAUGAUAAUGAGAAGGAAAAGGAACUUCAGAUGGAAUCUUUGCUAUGUGCCUUUGAGAGCAUAGGCAAAGCUUGGCCCAGAAAUGUGGAGACUCAGUGUUGCUAUCGUCAGGAGUUGUGCAAACUAAUGUGUGAACGACUGAAACUCAGCACCUGGAAAGUACAGUUGGGAGUUUUGAGGUCAAUGAAUGCCUAUUUUCAGGGGUUAAUGCUUUUAGAAAAGGAGCAUGCAGAUUCCGAGGCUUUGACUGAAAUACUGCUUGAGACAUGUUCAUCAAUCACACACUCUUUAGAAAACAAAAGCUAUACAUCUAUAAGAACAGAAGCUUUGUCUGUGUUAGAGUUGCUGCUUCAAAAACUUGAAGAGUCUAACCAGUGGGAAAGUUUGACACCUGAAUGCAGAACACUGCUCAUUGAGUCUUUAACUACCAUGGAGACUGAUAGCAGACCUGAGCUGCAGGAGAAAGCAUCAUCACUGAAGAAAACGCUUGAAAAUCUGGAGUAAAUUAAGGGAGACAAUUCUCCCUCCCUCCAAUAACCAAGUGCCAUGUAAAACAAAAAUUGAAGAAAAAAUUCGGUGUUCUCAGAAAACCAAGUGGGGAAAGUAAAGGUUAAUCUGUAGCAUGCAUCAUUCCUUGGCCGAAAUAAAAAAAAAAAAAAUGCCUUAAAUUCUGCUCCCCAUUAGCUUUAUUUUACUGUGGUGUUUAAGCAACUUGGCUGACUGUGGUCAUUGUUACCUCAUAUUUGAAAAGAAUAUUUGUAGUUGAAGAAAUCUAUAGUAAAUGCUAUUUGAAGGACUUAAAUGGACUAAAAUGUAUACAAGGGUAAGAAAAAAGAGAGCCCUUUUAGGAUUAAUUAAGCACUGGUCUGAUCAGCCACAGUCAAACACACUGUAACUUGAUUCUAACAUAGUGAUGUCAUUUUUGGUCCUCUUCAAGAACAAAGGACAACAUCCAACCAACCAAUCAGUUAAGCAUAUUGGUGGAUUUGCUGUAAAGUUAUAAUUUUCAUGCAGCAAAAUGAACUGUUAAAUGUUAAAGAAUUGUUGGACAUAGAACAUUUGAAUAUUGCACAUCAUUGGAAAGUGGGGAGGGAAAUCUGGUUGUGUGAUAUGUUGUUUGGGGGGAGGGAGAAAAUUUUUGGCGGCUUUACAUUUUUGAGUCAUUAUUAAAGACUUGUAUUUACAUGGGAGAAUUCAUUAUCUAUGCUAUUGUUCUCUGGUUAUACCAUUUUCUCAGGCGUGUGAGGUUGAAUGAUAUAUCAUUAUACAUUCUAAUUGUGGGUAUUUGGUAAAAUAACCAAGCUGCCUUGCUUUGAGAGAUUUCUUAAUAGACUUUACAUUUCAGUAACAGUGUAAAAACAUCCAUUUCCUUCUUUUAGAAGAUUGAAUUCAUGUGAAUUGAUUCAAUAAUGAGUGGUGGGAAGGGAUAGCACUUAAUUAAUCAGUUGUGAAAUGUUUUGUUAUUAUGUAUCAACACUUCUUGGGAGAGUUUGGCCACGGCAUUUCAGUGGCUGCAACACAUUCUCUUCUUAUCAUCAUUAAUGAAACAAAUCACAGUAACUUUUCUAUGAAUAUUUUUCAAACUAUGAUUGAAUUUUAUAUGACAAUAAGAUAAACUUCCACAUUCAGAGCCUUGCAUACCCUUGUUCUUCUUUAGAAAAAAUGUUAAUAAUUUAGAUUCAAAUCUUAGGAAUUCUUUGGUUUUGUUUUUCCUGUAAACAAACUGAUCUAUAUAGCUCCUGGAUUUUAGAGAGAAAAAAAUUAUAUUACAGCAAAACUCCCUAUCUCGGCAGAAAUCCUAUUCUUAUUGUCUUUAAUAUUUCAUGUAGACAGAAUACCAGAAUCUAUUUUUACCAAUUGACAUCUCUUUGAUUUGUUUUUGAGUUGAAAAGGAAGGACUUGUAAAAUGAAGACCUAAAUCAAGUACAUACUUUUUACCAGAAAGUGAUAGCUUAGCGUGUAUUCUGAUAUCAAACUUUUUUUCAGCAAUGUCAUAAUUAUGAAUUUUAAAAUGAAAGCUUUUGUUUUUCUUUAAAUGCUUAGCUUUCUUCAUGUUUAAUCUGUAUCUGUGGCUUACUUCCAUGACAGUGAGCAUCGAAUGUUUUUUGAUACGCUGUACCUUCACUUAGACUGUUUUGAGGGACCUCUGUGUUUAUUCCUCUAUCCUAUGAUAUCAAGUGCCCUCUUUCCAUUACAUUACAUGUGUUUUCAGCAUUCUUUAGCUUGCAUUGUUGCUGGGACGCUGUUUUCAGGGAAGAGAGGAAUGAAUGUAGGCUAGGUCCAAUUGAUAGAAUCUUCAGAGAACAAGUGUAUUCAAGCCUAAACCAUGAGUCUCUUUGCACGUUUUAGAUGGAUAAACAUCACCAAGUUUAUCCAUCACAAACUUAGUAUUUAACACGGGGAAAUUCCCUUGGUGCUGAGAGCUGGUGCUAAGACACCUGAAUUGCUUAGUGAAAGCCUGCUGUUUGUUUACAUUUAUUUUGGCUGACUGAGCACACUUCUAAUUUUUACACCUAAUGCCUUCAUUUCCUGUAGUAGCCAAAUCAUUUGCACAACAUAACACUAAGUUUUGCCUCCCAGAAAUGAUGAAAAAAAUUUCAUUCAGCUUCUAUGUGUGUGUAUGUGUGGACAGAGUGUAUGUGUAGUUAGGUAUGUACGUAUGACUAUUUGUAUCUAAGGGAACGAUGUUAAAGAAAAAAGUUGAUUUUGUUGUGAAAUUUUGACCCAGGAGAACAAAAACGGCAAUAGAUGAUCCAUGAUAGAUAGCACGGACUGGUUGGCACCUCCCUAGUAAUAGUCCAUAGUUCUGAUCGGACAACAUCUGAUCAAAUUGUCUUUAAGAGAUAGUUCCUUUUUACUGUAAUAUUACAGUGCACUAAAGAAUCAUUUCUGUAAAUGUGAAAAAAAAAAAAAAAAAAAAGAUCUGCACCCUUGCCUCUGUCUAGAACAAAUGAGAACAGGGACAGUAAAACAGUUCAAAUCUUUUUUUUUCUUUUUUUUUUUUCUUUUUCUUUCUUUUUUUUUUUUUUUUUUUUUGAUGAUAAAGAGCAAUAUGAAAUUUUCCAACUGCCUUUUAAAUUAUUCUAUUUAGCCUAGUGUGUGUGCCUAUAUAUACAAAGUCUAUCUGCACAACAAAACUGAGACUUUGACUUAAUCCCUAUUGACUUCCCUUCUCCCCUCCUAUCUCAAUCUUAAUUUGUGAGUUUGAUUUUUAAAAAAUGCGGCCUUGCUAGAGUCUUUCCUCUAAAAAUGGUCGCACUAUGUAAACACUGUACUUUGCCCUAUGUGGGUUUCCUUGUGCUACUGCUGCAAUGUGUCUGCUGCUUGUGAACGAGGAGUGAAAGGUGGAUUUUAACACCAGCACUCAUUCAUGUGCAAGCUUUUGCUUAAAUUGAUGUAUAGUAAGAAGGGUUUUCUACAUGCAAGGUCUUCAUAGAAUUCACUUCAAUCUGUAUGUAGCUAUCUAAGCAUGUAAUGAAUUUAUUUGAAAGGAAAUCCAUCCCAUACUAAGAAGGUAUAAAAUGAUAAAUAAAGCUGCAUGACCAAUUA